AUGGCUCGAAUCCCCGUUUUCACCGUUGCUAUACUACUCUUCUUCAUAGCUUCUUUUCAAGCCUCUUCUGCAACUUCCAAACCUACUGGUCUAAGCAUGAAGCUCAUCCGAAGGGACUUAUUGUUCCCUGGAAACCUCACUACAUUCCAAAGAAUAAGAAGAUUGGUGCAACUUUCAGUUAGAGCUCAAAAUUUCAAUUCUUUUCCGAGUCUCAAUCAAUCAGAGGAUAAUGUCCUAGUACGUUUACCUAUAGGUCGUGUUCCUGAGAGUUAUGCAUAUGUGGUCGAGUUUAAAAUCGGAAGCCAGCUCCAUCCGGUGAAGUUGCUGAUGGAUACAGGAAGUAGUCUGAUUUGGACACAGUGUGAGCCUUGCAUACAAUGCUAUCCGCAGAAGGUCCCCAUUUACGAUUCUCGAACUUCCACGAGCUACAGCAAACUUCCAUGCACUCAUGAACUUUGUCAAGGCGAAAACAAUCGGUUCAGGUGUUAUAAUAACGAAUGUGUCUACAACAUACAAUAUGGUGCUACAUCUCGGCGUAAUUCACCUAGAACCAAAGGUGUUGCAUCUUUCGAAGCAUUCCAGUUUCCUGUUGAUACCGUCCACACUACAGUGAUUAAUGAUAUGAUAUUCGGAUGCUCCAAUGACAACCCAAAUAUUGAUUUUGCGAAUGGUCAGGUUUCGGGAAUUCUAGGAUUAAGCAGGGGACCAGAUGGACUAGCAAGCCAGUUAGCCAAGAGAGGCAUCAUUGAGAAUCGAUUCUCAUAUUGCUUAGUCCCUUUCCAUGAUGUAUUGAGGCAACCGACUAUCCUGAGGUUCGGAGACGAUAUCCCCAUACCUGUAGGAAAUCUUCAAUAUACCGACUUCAUACUGUACCCCGGUCGUAACCAUUACUACGUUGAAUUGUUAGAUAUCAGUGUCGGAUUCCAGAAAAUGGGGUUCGAGUCAAUACCUGGAAUGUUCGAGCUUAGGCAAGAUGGCUCAGGUGGUUCACUCAUAGACUCAGGGACUGUGGUUAGCACCAUUGAUGAAAACACCGUAGGACGCAAUGCAUACAAGGAAGUGAUGGCAGCGUUUCAAGCUUAUUAUGACAAGAAAAAAUUCCGAAGAAAGGGCGGCCAAGUGGAAGAAAAGUUUGAGCUAUGUUACUAUAACAAGGCUGGAUUUAGAGAUUUCGUGACAAUGACCCUACAUUUCGAGGGUGGGGACUAUUUCAUAGAUGGAAAAUAUAUGCACUACUUCGCCGACGAGGAAGAGGAAGGGGAAGGGUAUUUUUGUGUGGCAUUGUUUAAAUCAUCGAAAACUAUAUUAGGAGCAUGGCAGCAACAAAACGUGCGUAUCAUAUAUGAUAUGAACGGUGGUGGAUUCCAAUGGAUUACCGAGACCUGUGCUAAUGAUCAUUUCCCAUGA